AUGUUAUCAGCAAGCGCGACACUCGUACUUUGUGCUGUGUCUCUCGUCUUUCUGCAGUUCCUGAGACUGCAAUGGAUACGAAGAGGAUUUCCUCCUGGGCCAAUUCCAUAUCCUUUCUUCGGGAAUCUGCUGCAGAUGAACUUCAAAAUUCAUCAUGAGAUCCUUAAAAAAGUGGCCCAAAAUCAUGGCAACGUCGUCACGUUAUGGCUUUCACACAUCCCGAUCGUGGUCCUGCAAGGGUUCCAGGCGGUGAAGGAGGGCAUGACAGCCCACGCUGAGGAGGUUGCUGGAAGGCCAACAAACUUCGUCUUUAAGGCGUUGACUGGCGGRAAUGGGGUUAUGUUCUCUAACGGUCAUCUCUGGAAGCAACAGAGGCGCUUUGGAAUGCUAACCAUGAGGAAACUCGGAGUAGGGAAAAGGAGCCAGGAGCACCAGCUGCAAGAGGAGGUCCGUCACCUGGUGGAAUACUUCCAGAAAGCAAAGGGAAAACCUCUGGACCCCACUAUGCCUAUUGUUCAUGCCGUCUCCAAUGUGAUUUGUGCUGUCAUUUUUGGACACCGCUUCUCUACAGAAGAUGAAGACUUCCAGCACUUGAUUGAAGCCACUGAUGUUAUAGGAGCAUUUGGGAACAGCAUCUCUUUUUUUAUCUAUGAUCUGUUUCCCCAGCUCGCACUACUUUUUCUGGAAUCAUGCAAGAAGACCAUGUCUAGCAUAAGUUUUAUGAAUGCUUUAGUAACAAAAGAGAUUGAAAGACACAAAGGAAAAAGAAAAACAGAUGACAAUUCAGAUUUUAUCGAUUUCUAUUUGGAGCAGAUAGCCCAAUCUAAGGGAGAUGUUGAUGCAACAUAUGAUGAAGCAAACUUGAGCCAGACUGUUUUUGACYUGUUUCUGGCAGGUACAGAAACUACAGCCACCACUUUGCGCUGGGCAUUACUUUAUAUGGUACUUUAUCCAGAGAUUCAAGAGAAAGUCCAGAAGGAGCUGGACACUGUGCUGGGUCCCUCCCAUGUAAUAUGCUAUGAAGACAGAAAGAAGGUACCCUACACAAAUGCUGUAGUUCAUGAGAUCCAGCGAUACAGUAAUAUUGUAUUAAUUGCCCUUCCCAGAAGGAGUGUGAAAGACACAGAGCUGCUGGGAUUUCAUAUUCCAAAGAACACCAUAAUUUUAGCCAAUAUUGACUCUGUUCUGUCUGAUCCUGAAAAAUGGGAGACACCUCGACAGUUCAAUCCAGGCCACUUUCUGGAUAAAGAUGGAAAUUUUGUAAACAGAGAAGCAUUCUUACCAUUCUCAAUAGGACACCGAGUAUGCAUGGGUGAGCUGCUGGCGCGGAUGGAGCUCUUUAUUGUCUUCUCCACCUUGUUGCAAGCCUUCAGGUUCAUCCUGCCAGAAGGAGUGAAAGAAAUCAACACAGAACUCGUUUUUGGCAGCACAAUGAAGCCACCUCCAUACCAGCUCUGUGCCAUUCCUCGGUAGGCAACGGUGCCCCACAGAUUCAGGGAGUACUUGUGCUGCCAGAUU